AUGUCGUCCACACCAAUGGACCUCGAUCGCCCAGAGCGCAAUGGGACACCAUUGUCACGAAACAUACCCCAAUCGACCACGCCGGUAUCGAAUCUCACCGACGUCAUGUCGUCCUUUCGCCCAACCAAGCUUCUUCGUCGCGAUGACAUCAAAGACCCCCGCCAACCGCCCCAAGUGCUCUCGAUAGACUACAACGACGACGGCGAGCUGCUCAUGACUUCGUCAAGCGACGAGACGAUACACAUUUAUAACGUCAGAGAAGGGAGACACGAAAAGUGCCUCAUUAGCAAAAAGUACGGCGCGAAGCUCGCAAAAUUCACACACACAAGCUCCAGCAUUAUCUACGCAAGUACCAAGCAAAAUAAUGCCAUACGAUAUCUCGCCACACACGACAAUUCCUUCAUCCGCUACUUCGAGGGCCACGAAAGCCCCGUCACCUCCCUGGCCGUGCACCCUGGCAGCGACAACUUCAUAUCCUGCUCGCAGGACAACACGGUGCGCCUGUGGGACACGCAGACCAAGAACUGGCAGGGCCAGCUGCUCCUGCGCUCGCCAUACCUGGCCGCCUACGACCCGUCUGGCACGGUAUUCGCCAUUGGCUGCCCGAGCUCCGGCUCCGUCCUGCUGUACGAUGUGCGCCACUACGACCGCGCGCCCUUUGCGACCAUUGACGUCGUCGACCACGGCCGCGCCAUCGACCCCGCCCACGUCGUCCGCGGCUGGACCCGGCUCGAGUUCUCCAACGACGGCAAGUCGUUGCUGCUCGGCACCCGCGGCGCCGGCCACUUCCUCUUCGACGCCUUCGAGGGCACACUUAAGGCGUACCUGCGCCGCCCGCCCGGCGGUACUACCCGACGACUGGCCGCCGGCGAGGGUGGCAUGAGCGGCGCCAACAACGCCGGCCAGUACGAGAGCAGCGGCGACUGCUGCUUCGCGCCGGACGGCCGCUUCGUCAUCGGCGGCUCGCGCCACGACGUGGUCGUCUGGGACACGCUCAAGACGCCACCGCCAGACAAGGGCUUGGAGCCGACGUGGACGCUCCCUGAUAAGCGCGAGGCAGCUGUGGUUGGGUUUAACCCGCGCUUCAACUUCUUUGCUACUGCUGACGCGGAUCUACUGUUUUGGCUACCGGACCCUCAUGCGUAG